AUGGUCUGCGCACAAUUAAAAAAAGUGCGAUUUUGCCUUGAGCAAGAAGACUCUGACAUCUGUGACGAUGAGCGAGCACUGCCGCUGAUGUCCAAGGCGGACCUGGCAACUCAUAGUACAAAAGAGGAUUGCUGGAUUGCUAUCCAUGGCAAAGUUUAUAAUGUGAGUGGAUACCUUAGCAAACAUCCGGGAGGAUCCCAAGUCAUCCUGAAACUGGCUGGAAGAGAUGCCACGGUGCAGUUCGACGAUGUGGGCCACUCGCUUGAGUCCUUGAUGUUUGACCUGGGACCCCAGGCGUGUGUUGGCGUGCUCAAACCACCAGUAGCGAAGCUCAAACCUGCUCGUAACUCCGGUAGCGGCGAAAACACAGAUAACAAGGCCAAGAAGGCACCCGAAACCUUUGAAAACGAGAAAGGUGCUAAUGGGGACAAGUCCCGCUGGGAGCAGCUAUGGAAAUGGGAGAAACCACAGUCCGUAAAUGUCAAUACCACUUCCAACAAUACGGCUUUAUCAGACCCUUUCCAUAAUUUGAAAAGCUCCGUAGCGGCCUUUCGGCUGCGAUCGGGCCAGUUGAUUGACUCCAAAGCUGAUGUAGAAGUGCAUCGUUUGUUCAACACGGUUGUGAUUGCGGUCGUGAUGGGCAUAUGCGUCGUAAUAUUAAUCUACGUCAAGCUGCGAUGCCCGAGCAUGAUCGAACAUGUGGUUUCUCAUGCUUUUCCGGAAGAGUCUUCAAGCAGAAACUACGAAAUACCGACAUGGUCACUUUGA